UUUAAGAAAAGGGAAUUAAAUAUCCAGUGCAUUCAAAAUUAUUAGUUAUAUUUAUUCCAAUUCUGCACCAUGGCCAUUCCAAUACUCAAUUAAAUUCUAAUAUAAUACUAGGAUUCUCUACGAAUAAGGUUUAGAAAAAAAAUGAUUGAUAAACAAUUAGUAUGGGCUCAUAAUAACUCCCAUGGAUUUGUUUUGGCUAAAAUAGUUGAUAUUGGCAAAGAGACACUCUCGUUAAAGUCGAUACCGAUCGCUCACCAGCUGUUAGAUAGUGAUACUGAUGUUAUAACGCGACCAUUUAUAGAUGUGUGUUUAGCAGAUCCAGAUAUCCUUAAAGACUAUGACGAUAAUUGUUCUUUGAUGUAUUUGAAUCCUGGGACCUUGCUACAUAAUCUUAGACUGAGAUAUUUCAUAGACCGAAUAUAUACUUUCGUAUCAAAUAUAUUGAUUGUCAUUAACCCUUACUUCCAAAUUGCGGAACUGUAUUCGGAAGAAAAAAUCAGGUCAUACAUAGGGAAAUCACUGGGCAAAAAUCCCCCGCACAUAUUUGCUAUAGCUGAAAAGGCGUAUCGCGAUAUGAAAACGUUUAAAAAAAAUCAAUCUAUUAUCAUAAGCGGUGAAUCUGGAGCAGGUAAGACAGAAUGCACAAAACACGUUAUAAAAUACCUUAUUCAUUCGUAUGGAAAAAUGGUAGGCCCUCUGGAACAGAGAAUCAUGGAUUCAAAUCCCAUUUUAGAAUCUUUCGGCAAUGCGAAAACAGUCAGAAAUAAUAAUAGCAGCAGAUUCGGAAAAUUCGUCGAAAUUUAUUUUGACGAUAAAGAUUACGUUUCAGGUGGAUUGAUAUCUCACUAUCUGCUAGAGACUUCACGCUUGUGCUAUCAGACACAAGAAGAUCGGAAUUAUCACAUAUUUUAUCAACUCUGCAUAGGAGCCGAUGAACAAUUAAGGAAGGAAUUGCAGUUAGGCCAUACUAUUUGUGAACAUAAGGUUUUAACGAGCGGGAGAGUAAAUUACUUUUUAUCCCCAGAAUCCCAAUCCCAGCUCGAGAAAAACAAUCCUCAAACCAUGCAAAUAUUAUCGAAACACGGUUCGAAUUGCUAUUCCAAUGGCGAUGUACUGAUAGACGAUUACAAAGAUUUUGAAAGGACUGAUUCAUGUUUGGGAAAAAUUGGAUUAUCUGAAGCUUCAAGAAAACAAAUUUAUUCUAUCAUCGCAGCGAUAAUUCAUUUGGGAAAUAUAGAAUUUCAAGAAAUCCUCAAUGAUAAAAAUGAUGGGUGUCAGGUAGCGAACAAUAGCAAAAACUAUUUAAAAUAUGCCUCCGAAUUUUUGGGCUUGGACGAGAAAGAUUUACAAAACAGAUUGGUACGCAGAAUGAUAACGAGUAAAGUCUCGAGAGGAACUAUCAUACAAAUUCCAUUAAAAAUGUCGGAAGCUAAAAUCUAUCGCGACUCUUUGUCCAAAGCUAUUUAUUCCAAAUUGUUUGAUCACAUCAACAAAAUCAUCAAUGAAAGCAUUCCUUUCAAAGAUUCCAAAAAAUUUGUAGGAGUCUUAGAUAUUGCCGGCUUUGAGUUUUUCGAAAACAACAGUUUCGAACAAUUUUGCAUCAACUAUUGUAACGAAAGGAUUCAAAAUUAUUUUAAUAGCAUUGUGUUAAUUCAAGAACAAGAAUUAUACAAGCGUGAGGGAUUGAAGGUCAAAGAAGUAAAGAUAAAUGAUGAUACGGAUGUUAUCGAAUUGUUAGAUUCCAAAAAUGUAGGAAUAUUCGAUAUAUUAGACGAAGAGAAUAGAAUGACCAAUUCUAAUUCGCAUCAUUUCACUGAAACAGUCCAUAAAACGCAUGCAGAAAACAUAAGAAUUGAUGUUCCAAGGAAGUCAACCCAUAGGUUUCACAAACAGUUAUUGAAUCACGAAGGAUUUAUUAUAAAGCAUUACGCCGGGUCUGUGUGCUAUAAUACCAAUUUAUUCAUUGAAAAAAAUAAUGAUAAUUUACACAUAUCUCUGCUAACCUUGAUCCAAGAAAGCAAUAAUCCACUGAUUCGAAAGAUAUUUUCCGAUCCAACAGUCAAUAAUAGCCACUUACAUUUAAAGAAUAGUCAUAAUAAAUAUAUAAAAGGCAAAUUGACUACCGUAAGCGUGAGUAGUAAAUUUCGGAGUCAAUUAAAGGCACUCUUCGAUAAAUUUUCUGGAUCAAACACCAAUUUCAUAAAAUGUAUCAAGCCGAAUUCUCGGAUGACAAAGCAUGAAUUCGAGGGUGCCAAUAUCCUUCACCAAUUAGAAUCAUCUGGGACCUUAGAAGUCUUAAAACUCAUGGAAUAUGGGUUUCCAGCGAAAGUUCCUACUCUUGAUUUUUAUAAUCGUUACACGAAUUAUCUACCGAGUAGCAUGGAACGCAUGGAUAUACGCAUAUUUUGCAAAUAUUUAUUCAAAUCGGUUGGGUUGAAAGAAACUGAUUUCGAGUUCGGGACAUCUAAGAUAUUCUUUCGAUCCGGUAAAUUUGCCGAAUUCGACGAUUUGAUUAGGAACGAUGCGGAAAACAUAAAAUCUCACAUCGAGAGACUCAAAACGUAUAUUAUCAAAGCUAAAUGGAGGAGGGUUCAAUGGUGCACAUUGUGCGUUAUCAAAAUGAGGAAAAAAAUAGAAUGGCGGACGAAAAAUUUGAUCAUAUGCCAGAAAAACGUACGCAUGUACCUGUCCAAGAAAAAAUAUAAACGAAAAUACGAAGCCCUGAUUAAGAUAAAUAAAUUGCAAAGACAAUAUGAUAUGAUUUGUAAAUCUGUAAGCGAACUGCCUCCAGAGAAACGGGAACCUUUAAUUAAUAAUAUUGGAGCAUCAUUAAGGAAUCUCAGAGUUCAGAUAAAAUUAAACGACGACCACAACUCGGCGGGAAAUGACACCGAUAUUGUCAUUGAAAAAAUGUCGCAAACUUUGUCGGAACUGAGUUUAAAUAUUAAGAGUAGAGUUGAUUCGCAUGUUAAAGAAUGCCGGAUUAACAAAGUUAAAGAAAUUCCUAAAUCAGAAUCUACCGAGAAAAAGCUAAAUGGUCAUAUUACAAAAUCGGAAAACGAAUACGACAAUCACGAUGGCAAAUUUAUGGAAAAUAAUUAUCAGGCAAACCCAAUCGAAUUUGUUCGCUCACGCAAAUACAACCUUAGCAAUUGGAAAUACACCGAGUUACGAGACACUAUAAAUACUUCGUGUGAUAUAGAAUUAUUAGAAUCGUGUCGAGAAGAAUUUCAUAGAAGACUUAAAGUUUAUCACGAAUGGAAAGCUCUAAAUCAGCAUAAAUAUGAAACGAGUAUAAACGGGCAUGAAUGCAGAAUCCCAGCUCAAUUGAACCUAUCGAGUUCUCCAAUUCAUGAAUCUAAUCACAUCAAGCUAAAUCAUCGCUAUUUUAAAGUUCCAUUUUGGCAAAAUUCAAGUUUAGGAAUAUUAUGCAACAAUGGUUGGUGGUAUGCUCAUUUUUAUGGGAAUUGGGUAGCAAGGCAAAUGGAGAUUUUUGAUUCUAAAGAUCCAAUUUUGUUAUCAGCCGGAAAGGAUGAUAUGCAAAUGUGUGAAUUAAGUCUAAAAGAAACCGGUUUACUCAAUACUUUAGGUGCGGAAAUUAAGUCACACGAAUUCGAUUCGCUUUGGACUAAAUUAGGAGGAUGAUAUGCAAAUGUGUGAAUUAAGCCUAAAAGAGUUCGGUUUACUCAAUACUUUAGGUGCAGAAAUUAAGUCACACGAAUUCGAUUCGCUUUGGACUAAAUUAGGAGGCCAAAAUUUUAAAUAUUGAUAUUUACUAUCAUUUCGGCCAUGUGUAAAUAUGGUAUA